CAUGGCGGCGGCAGCGGCCGGCUCCCCUCCCAGCGAAGGGACCCCCCAGCCCCCAGAUGCGGCGGAGGCCGACCCGACGGAGCCGGCGGCAGCCGUGUCGUCCCCAGAUUACCGUCGUGACGAGGAAGAAGAGGUAUCACCGGCAGCGGUACCGGCGGCCAUGACGUCCUCGGGGUGUCAGCAUGCCGGGGAAGAGGAGGAGGUGACGGCAGCGGUGACGACGGUGGCGGCCAUGACAUCCCCGGGAUGCCGGCGUGGCGGGGAAGAGGACGUGACGGCAGCGGGGUGGCGUUGCCGGCGGAAGCACGUCUUCGUGUUGAGCGAGGCGGGGAAACCCAUCUACUCCCGGCACGGUAACGAAGAAGCAUUGGCGGCCACCAUGGGCGUCAUGAUGGCACUCGUCUCCUUCAUCCAGAGCGGCGGCAACGCCAUUCGCGCCAUCUGUUCCGAGGACCGGACUUUGGUGUUCGAGCAGCGCGGACCCUUGUUGCUGGUGUCGGUGUCCCGCACGCGGCAAUCAGCGGCGCAGCUACGGCGGGAACUGGCCUUCGUCCAUGAGCAAAUCCUCAGCCUCCUCACCCGCGGCGGUAUCGCCCGCGUAUUUGCCCGCCGCCGCGGUUACGAUCUCCGGCGUCUCCUUGCUGGCGCUGAAGCUGUCCUCGAUCGUCUCCUAUCUGGCGCAGCAGCAGACGGGCGGUUGUUGUUGGGAGCGGCUCGUUGCUUGCCCCUUCCGGCAGCCCUUCGGCGGGCGGUUUCGGGAGCUCUUCGCCGCGCCGCCGCCACUGCUGUCCCCGCCCCCGCUUUGGCUUUGUUGGCGGCCGGCGGGCGGUUGGUGACGGCAGCGCGGCAGCGGGCUUUGGCGGAAGGCGGCCGGUUGUGUGCCAGCGACCUUCACCUCCUCCUCAAUCUUUUGGGGAGCGGUGUGGGGGCGGGCGAAGUGUGGACCCCCGUCUGUUUACCCCGCUUCAACCCCGACGGCUAUUUCUACGCCUACGCGGCGGCGCUGGGCGAGGAAGAGGAGGAGGAAGGCGGCGGUGGCACUGGCAGGGUGACGCUCAUCCUGCUGUCGACGGAGCGCGAGGGGUUCUAUGCAGCGGCGGGGUGCCGGCGGCGUUUGGAGGAGACGCUGCGGGCACAGGGGUGGCUGGGGGAGCUGGGGGCGGCAGUACGGGGAGGGGCGGGGUAUGGCCCCGCCCGCCCUGGCGCCCCCGAGCUCCGCCAUUUUCUUUACAAGCCCUUGGAGGGGCCGGAGGAGAUGCAGCAGCUGCCGCAGUUUACGAGCCCUGAGCUGGAGGACCCCUACACCAGCGAGGAGGAGCAACACCGGCUCUUCGACCUGUACCACUACCUGCACAGCCGCGUGCACAGCCCACACCGGCCCCUGCGCCUCCUCUACCACGUGGCUGAGAAGGAGACACUCUUGGCUUGGGUGACGAGCAAAUUCGAGCUGUACGGCUGCUUCAGCCCACUGGUGACGAAGGCGGGAGCCAUCGGGGUCCUCACCAAGCUGCUGCGCUGGCUGAAGAAGGAGGAGGACUGGCUCUUCAUCCGCUACCCGCCGCCAUACUGUGCUACCCCCGCCCGCUCCGAGGGGGCCGAGGCCGAGGGCUGA